AUGACCUCCGUCACCCGCUCCUCUCGACGAGCUGAGGGACCUCGCUUCCCAGCAGGCCCGCCACCGAUGACGCGCUCCCGCCCUGCCGGUGCUGGUGCUGGUGCUGGUGCUGGUGCUGCUGCAGGAGGCGGAGGAGGCGGUGGCCGUCCCAAGCGAGCGCUCGAGUCUGACAAGAAUAACACUCCCAUCGAAUACGACUACGAUUACAACUAUGAUAGCGUUCCAUCCAAGAAGGCUCGCAUCGCUGUUCAGAUAAUCGGUCAAUCUGGCGUCAAGGCAGACAAGUUUGCUCCUCCUACUCCUGCUGCCACCACUAAAGCCAGGGCACCUCCGUCGCCACAGUCGCCUCCGUCACAGCCACCCCAGCAUCCAGGCCGCCAGGCCACCAGCGCUGCACCGUCCCCUCGACCUGCUGGCGCCCUCACCCCGGCCGCUGCAGCCGCUGCAGCCCCUGUAGCAGCAGCGGCCCCAGCACAGCGAUCGCAAGCGACGACGACGUCGCCGCAUCCCCAAGGAGGUGGCCAAAAUGGCCCUUCAAGGAGCAAGUCUAAAAUCACCAAUGGCAUAAGACAUGAGUUGGAUCGCCUGCAGCCGGAUGAAUCGGCCAAGAAGGAACCCGGCCGCAAGUUGCGAUCCCAGGAAGCGACGCGCUUCAAGAGCGAGCUGGCCUCUUACUUUCCUGAGUAUGAUGAGGUUAUUGGCAAUGAUCCCAAGGAAGAACAUAUGCUAAACGCCGAUACACCGAUUCUGGUACUCGACUCGAAUGAUAGGCAUCGCGAUGCUGCUGCACCGGGAGCACACAUAUCCCCACACAGCACAUCGGUUGGCAGCACUAUACGAGGCUUCGGUGACGCGCUCUACACGGAUGUCGUAGAUGCCCAGCGCAUCGACUUCAGCUUCCUGGACGCGCAGCAUAAGAACAAGUCUCUGGACGACCCGUUGCCAGAUAGCUUGUUCCAGCCGACCCAUAAGCGUGCCGAGCGUCUGGAGCGAUCCAUCAGAAACGCGGAAAAGGGCCGAGCACAGCAUGAAAAGGACCAGAUCAUCCGUCUGCUCGAGAGCCUACAGGGCCCCGACUGGCUGCGGGUGAUGGGGGUCAACGGCGUCACCGAGACGAAGAAGAAGGCGUUUGAGCCGGCCAGGAAACACUUCAUCCGGGGCUGCGAGGCCAUCAUUGCCAAAUUUCGCAACUGGAGAGAGGCGGGAGAGGCAGAAGAGAAAGAGGCAGAAGACGACGAUGCCGACAAGAGAGAAGAUGGGGACGACAGCAUGGGCUUCGACGAGAGCUCAUCGGCCGGGGACACGAGCGAACCGCCUUCGCCUGCCAAGCAGUUGCGCGAAGAGGCUCGGGCUCGAUCGAAGCUGGCGGUCGCUAAGCAGAUGCCAUCACCGCAGAGAUCGCGAGCACAGCCUCCGCAACCACGGCAGCCGCCGUCACCCCCGAGGGAGUUCAAGUCCUUCUUCGCCAAGAGGGGAGAGCGGGAUAGUUCCCUGAACCGCACGCGGCGAUCGGGGAGGAACGAUGUAUGA